ACCACGGCCCACGAUAUCCGAAGAGAGACGAUUUUCUGGCAGAAAUUCCUGCUUCACCAAAGUGGAGUUCACCAUGGAUGUGACUUUGGAACGUGUGCAGUUCAAGUUUGCAUCAAUCAUUGGAGAGUUAUGUAGCAAGCCAGUGAUCCUCUCCCAAUUUGCCAUAUGGGUGGACUUGCGAUUGGCCGAGUACAAGUUAAAAGGAUCAAUUUCAUUAGACUGUUCAGGAGACAAACCUGAUCCUGACUGGCUGAAGGGUAUGAAAGAGACUGAUGGAUUUUCAGAUGAUUACCCAAAUGAAGAGCAUCACAAAAACUCGUCAGUGCACUGGCAUUUGGCUCACAACAGCAAUGUAACUAGCCUGGAGCAAGAUAGCAUUGCUGAAAGACUUGGUACAGGUGCUGAAUUGCAAAACCCAGCCACUAUUGUGAUCAAAAAUGACUCUGAUGAUGAAGGGCAGGAGAUUUUUCCAACUGGUUUACAUGCUCACAAAAGGACAAAUUAUAACCACACUCGAAAGAGAUCCAGAGAUACUAGUGGGUUGGACAGAGGAGAAGACGGACUUUACUCAGUAAUUCAUCACAAAGUAUUGAAGUCACCAGAACCAUCUGUGACUUCACAGACAUCAAACCAAAGUUUAAUGUCCAUAAUUGGUGGACAGGACUCUAUGCAUGAGGCAUCACCAGUGUCAGUGGAAGACGCUCAAAGAGACAUUGAUUUAGCAAUGGCAAUUCAAAUGCAGGAGAGUCAUCAUAUGGGAGAUAACUCACCCAUCACAUACAUUCCAGGGAGACCAUCACAUGCUAAAAGCACAGUCACGAAAAGCAGCCUAGACUCAGACUCAUCAUUCAACAGUCCACCUAGCAAACCUGGUGCGUCAACACAGGAUGUCCGGAUGUCUACAGGACAAGUAAUGCAAUCCCCAUUCCCCACUGGUGCUGAGGACACCUUCAGCGGCAGGACAACGGCGACAAUGCGGAAAACUCGCAGCGACCUCAACAUAUUCUAUGGCUGGCUACAGUCUGAACCGUACAGGGAUGACAGGCAAAUCGAAGACAUACCACCUGACCAGCUUGAUCAGCUUUUGGCAGAAAUGUACACGUCACUCAAGCCCAGAGAUGGCGGCGAGUACGAUCCGAAGUCUCUGAAGUCCGUGCGAAACAGUUUAGAGCGUCAUUUACGUGACAAGAGUUAUCCUGUCUCGACGGUGGCUGCAGGGUCGUUCGUGAAGAGCCAGGAAGCGUACAAAAAGCGAAUACAAGAUCUCAAGGAGUCUUCGUUCCUCAGCAGAGAUGAGCUUAUGGGACUCAGAGAUAAGAUAUUUGAUGUAGAUCUGUCCAACACUGAGUCACUUCUUAUCGCUAUGUUCUGGAUCACAUCGUAUUAUUUCUCGGACUCUUUAAUCAGUAAAAUUGACCAUUUCAAUCUUUUGUGGGGCGAUGUGGAAUUGCUUACCAAAGACGACGGUCGGGAGUAUCUGACGUUAACGGCUGCUGCCUCCAAAAGUAAACCUGGGAAACAUCCAACCGCUCCGUCAGCAUUUGAGGCUUUAGCUGAACCGGAUGAUCCAAAACGCUGCCCUGUCCGUGCUUAUAAACAAUAUGCCAAGCUAAGGCCAGGCUGCUGUGGUGCUUUGAGUAAGUUUUAUAACCAGCUGUGUGUACUGGCGGAAACUGGAGUGCUGACGUUAGCUCCGACGCCGGCACCAAUGCGAAUGGUGAGCAGUAUACUGAAGGCCAUGAAAGAGCGAGCCACCUAUAGUCUCACCGUGGCAGAGCCUUUGGAAGACGUUCCAUUCCCUGAACCCUAUGUCCAAAACCAUUUCCUCAGAACCUUUUUACCAGAAUUCACGAAGCACAGAGGCUGUAUUCAGUGAUAAAGAGCAGUAUGUUUUGCAGUCCGAAGGUGAAGUCGACAAUUCGAUCGGGAAGAGAAUUAAACAAGAGCCGGUGGAUGAUGUAGCGUAUGAAUACCAGUGGAAUUCAACAUCAGUUGAG